AUGUCUCUCCAUCUCGAACUCAAAGACGACGACCCAUGGUUCGUUGAAGAGAAGAUAUUUGACGUCUUGAAGAACUACCUACAAGACCCUACCGUAUCCCCCACCAUUGCAUCCCAAGCACUGGACAGGUUGUUCCCCGCAAAUCGUCCAGAUGAGGACCAGCCGGCAGACGAGCCCCGCGAAGAGCCCGGCAGCUUCCUCUGGCAUUUCUGGGAUGUUUUCCACCGGGUGGCUCAACAAAUUCCCUAUGAUCGACCAGAGCAGGAGAGACUUGUGCAGCUCGUCAAAACGCUGAAAGGCCUAUCUUCCCAGGCCAAGACUGUGUAUCUGGCGUCGUGGGAUCAAACUUUCGACUUGUGGGAAGACCUGCCGAUGCUGGGCCCAACUUAUCGGGAGACGUAUGACCGCAUGACUUCGUUUGACACCCAAACAGAGCGUGAAAGCUGGCAGAAUCUCAACGCUUUCGCUGCGCGCUUGACCAGGGAUGACUCUGCCGAUCUGAGUCUCUUUGGCAAGAGCUCCCUGGAGGCCCUCGCCGAUGACGAUCUGAAGCAGGAGUCUGUGGAUGACGUCUCCAAAUCUAACCUAGAAUGUACAGCUAUCGUAGCAGCGGAGUGGGUCCUACAAUGUGGGCAGAAACUGGUGGAUCGGGAUGAAGAUAGCGUCAGCCCGGAGACCUGGGAGAAAUGCAAGAAGCGCUUCAAGAGUAUCGCCGAUGAGAAAUCGACAGGAGAGACGGCAUGCGCGCAUGCUGAAAGAGCCCAGAAGGCUAUUGCGAAGCUGGAGGGGCCAAGAGUGCAGAACUCCGUUUGA